AUAAAGUACCAGGGAGCGUUACAGGGUGAAGGUUGUUGACACAAUCCUUGAUUUAGAUGUAACCAAGAAUAAAGAAACAAUAACCAAUAUUACAAGUUUUUACAACUUUAGAUUUGAGAGCAGUCAUUUGAUGAUGUGGCAGACAUACAAUAUUGAUGAAGGAAAGCUUGUGACUUUAAAAUCAACAAAGAAUUCCGUGCAGUUAAAAGUACUCAAUGACUGGACAGAGAUGUCUUUUAAUGACCUCAUUACUGAAGGAACAGAACAGGCUUCAAAACAACAGAAGCAGACAUUCAUUUGUUCUAUGGAUGGCUGCAUUCAAGAGUUCAAGAACCAGAUUAGUCUUGAUCAACACCUCCUUCAAGGCAGCUGUGAAUAUAAGCUAGAGAAAGGCCCAUUUGAAGAUCAGGCAAAAGUUCUAUAUGCCCAAAAGCUGUCAAAUAAUGUACAUCAUUGUCCUGAUAUGCAAGCAGUCUUACUAGAAAACGCAUGUACUACAGACUUGAGUGCCAAAGAAAUGUGAUGGGCAUUGAAAGUGAAAAAGAAAAAGAUUUUAUUAUUUAUUAGCAUCAAACAGAAAGAAUUCAUGACGGAUUUAUUUUAUUUAUCUUGAAAGGAUGCAAGAAGCAGCCAUAUUGGAUUCAACGACAUUAUAUUUUCCCAAUAAAUAGGCGAAACAGAAAAAAAACGCCUACCUUAAACUACUUUUUAAUAGCUUAUAUCCAAAUUUGAAGCGUAAACAAAGCCCCAAAACAUACUAUGUUACAGUUUUACACUUGAAGUAUUCAUAUGAAGUCAUGAUGUUGCUAUGAAGUUUAUGUGCCAAAGAGGUCAACAAAAUUUUGUGGAAUUUUUAUUUUAAGCCACUAUAUGUCCAAAUAAAAAACAGAAACAAUAU